GUCUCGCGCAUGCGCGUCAGUGCCCAUCAGCGACUACUGGAAAGCAAAAGGGAGUGGGAAAGAGAGGGACAGGCGAAUGUCUCAAAUCUUUCUUUAAUGGCGCAAAUAGAUUUGAAACGACUUGAAGCGUCGUUGCUAUUCUUCGAGGGCUGAAGAGAGAAGUGGAGUCGUUGAUUUUUGUUGCGUGGAGUACAAAUCCGAGAGAAUCCACAGGUCCUUCGCUUUUCUGCCCGUCGUCUCGUCGAUUUUGGAAACAAUGUCAACGCGUCAGUUCCUGCCAUAAAGUUGAAGUUUGUGAUUGACUGCAAGUUUCGCGGACGGAGGUGAGCUGCGCGCGCACCUUCGCCGAGGAGUGGCGCUGUCCUGGGUCCUGAACCCCUCCUGAGAACUCCUGACCUCGUUAAGUGUGGAAGAUCCAAAAAGUCAAUCUUCAGAGGUACCUACAGAGAGGGUUGAAUAUGCAAACUCCAGCCAGAGUUCAUCUACAAAUUGUGGUCCCCUUGCUUUUUUGGGUGCACGUGAGCCAGCCGGUGUGCGUAGACCUCCCCUCAGCGACGGAAGCGGUUCUGGGAAAGAUGAUGAAGUUGACGUGUAUCUCUUGUAUGAAACGUGAGGAGGUGAAAGCCAAAACCCUUGUGGAUUGGUAUUACAUCACCAAGAUGGAAGAAGGCGUCACACCUGACAAAACCCUCAUAUACAAGUACGAGGGAGACUUUCCGAUGGAGAUGGAUGGACCGUUCAAGGGCCGGCUGCUGUGGAAAGGCAGCCAGGACCUGCAAGACCUCUCCAUCAGCAUCGUCAAUGUCACCUACAACGACAGCGGCGUCUACGAGUGCCACGUGCUUCGCCAGUUCGAGUUUGACUCCUUCACUCCGUCAGCUUAUGUCUUGAAGAACAUCACACUCCGAGUGAAGGAGGAAGCCAGCCCGGACGCCACAGCCCUCUACUCGGAGAUCAUGAUGUACUUGCUGCUGGUCUUCUUGACCUUCUGGCUGUUGGUCGAGAUGGUUUACUGCUACCGCAAGAUCUCCAAGUCUGACGAGCUGGUGCAAGACAUAGGGUAUUGAAGGACCAUGACGGGACGAUAACGAUCGGCGAUCCCAGAGUCCCGCCAAGCGAAUCUCUCCCCCCCCCUCCCCCAACGUGAUGCCGUUUUCCUGUGAAGAGCCACAAAUGUCAGUUUCUUACCUUUCUACGCUAAACUCAAGUGCCCACGCUAGUAAAAGAAGUCCAAAUGUCGAAUGUCACAUAAAAAAAAGCGGCUGCACUUCAUGUGAACUCGGGCCUCUUCUUCAUACCGCGUAGUGCCUCUGUGAUGUAGACCCUUUAGAAAUCGGUACAAUCAAGUCAACACACUCUUUAACUGCUACUCAGCGUUUUAUUCAUAGCCUGUAGUUCUCUGGAUUUUAUUCAACAAUAUUUUAUAAGACAUACUGAGAGGCUGAUUUUAUUAGUAUUGGCUAAUACCUUUGUAAAAAGAAUUACAUUGCUUUUUUUUCAUUGUUAUGACGUGCAUUACCGCUAUA